AGUGAAGAAGGAAACCUUCUCUCUUUUACUACAACAAAGGAAUUAUCCAAAGAUUAUCAUGGGGGCAGCCAUCUUUGCCGUAGUUCUGUUGACAGUUUCUCUUACAGUCCAAUCUGCUCCAGCGGAUCUGGAUACAUAUAUCAACGAGAGAGAGGAACUACCACAAGAGGAACCAGCUUGUGAAAAUGAAUUGAUGAAGUUGGUUCAAGAGGCAAAAGUUUGUAGGAGGUUUUUAACACCUGCGGCACAAAAGUUCGCUAAACACGCACGAGAAAAUAUCCAGUUUAACAAUGAGAUUGUUACGGCUGGAAAAGAGCUUGCUGAUGGCGAAAUAGAUACAAAAGGUGACCCUCCAGAGGAAAAGAAAGUGGAGAGGGCGGAGAAAAUGGCAGCCAAUCUGACUUAUCGCGGCUAUAUAUACAGAGUAAAUCCACAUGGCAGCAAAGGAGAUGUGAUGCUUCCGUUUGAAGCAUAUAAGAAGGAUACUCCCCCAGAGUGUAAAACUCUGAUCACAGGCUUUCUGGAAAGAAACAGCCAUGCUGGUAGAAGUGAUUAAGCUGAUGGCAGCAUACAUGUGAAACUUCUGAAAGUUUUUAAAAUGCUUCACUGUCAUCUAGUGGUUAACUGUUAGUGACAAUAAAAAUUGAGUGUAUCACACAAACUUCA